AUGCACUUUUUCCAGAACACCACCACGCUUGCUCAACUGACCCUCAAGCCCACAGCCAAAGCCUCGAAGGCCGCCAUGAACAUCGCAUGCGACAUCUUGAUGGAAAUAGCCGAAAAAGCUGCCAAACUCAUUCCAAGACCGGUAGGCCAAGCCGUCAAGCUGUCAAGUGAGGCAGUCGAUGGUGCUAAAUUUCUCGCCGAGAAAGUCGGCGAAAACAUUCCCGAUGCCGCAACUCAGACAGCUCAAGACAUUCCCACAAACUACGGCAAAGCAGCUGCGGUAAUCUUGGGGAUAUCAGGAAUCGCUAUGGUUGCUGCACCGGCUGUAUUUACGCUCCCAGCGCUGGGCGCGGUUGGCUUCAGCGCGUCGAGACCUAUUGCAGGUAGUAUUGUGGCUGCUGCGCAAAGUGGUUUAGGCAGCGUGGUUGCGCCUUCGCUCUUCGUCACUUGUCAGAGUGCAGCGAUGGGAGGUUAUGGGGCAGCGACUGUGUUUGGACUGGUCCAGGUCGUAGGAGGAGCCAUGGCUGUAUCAGCUGGAACUGUGAUUGGGCGGAUGAAUUCGUGGUUGUGAAAUUUGGAGCAAUUCUCAGUGGGAGAAGAGCAUGUUUCGCGCUUUCGGCUGGGACAGUCUUACUACUACCGGAACGAGGGACUGUUCAAUUUCCUCUCGCCUUGCAACGCGGUAUCGUAUCUGGACUUCUGUGUUCGCAAAUGUGGCGUUUGCUGAGCUAGUUGUUGUUCUGAGAAAACAUGCAAAGGUUG